CCAUUUUGUAUUAUUAUCCGUUGAUUCAUAAUUCUACUUCACUAUGGCUGCCAAUCUCGUUCUCGACGAAGCUGCCCUCAAGAAGGCGCCUGAGGAAGUGUUUGACGUCCUCGAAAAGCUCGGCGAAGGCUCGUACGGCUCGGUCUUCAAGGCUCGCCACAAGGACACCCAGUCCAUCCUCGCCGUCAAGCAGGUGCCCCUUGAGAACGACCUCCAGGACAUUAUCAAGGAAAUCUCAAUGAUCAAGGAGUGCGACUCGCCCUUCAUUGUCAAGUACUAUGGCUCGUACUUUAAGGACACAGACCUCUGGAUUAUCAUGGAGUUUUGCGGCGCUGGCUCGGUUGCCGACGUCAUGCGUCUCCGCCGCAAGGUCCUCGAGGAGCCCGAGAUUGCCUGCAUUCUGCAGCACGCCCUCAAGGGUCUCUCGUACCUGCACAGCAAGCUCAAGAUCCACCGCGACAUCAAGGCUGGCAACAUUCUCCUCAACCACGAAGGCGUUGCCAAGCUCGCUGAUUUCGGCGUGGCUGGUCAAUUAAGCGAUGCGAUGGCCAAACGCAACACGGUCAUCGGCACCCCCUUCUGGAUGGCACCCGAAGUCAUCCAGGAGAUUGGCUACGAUGUCAAGGCUGACAUUUGGUCGCUCGGUAUUACUGCCAUCGAAAUGGCCGAGGGCCGACCCCCGUAUGCCGAAAUCCACCCGAUGCGCGCCAUCUUCAUGAUCCCCACCAAGCCCCCGCCGACCCUGUCCGAGAAGGACAAGUUCUCCGAGUCGUUCAACGACUUCCUUGCCAAGUGCCUCAAGAAGAACCCCGCAGAGCGACCAACGGCUGCCGAGCUGCUCGAGCACCCCUUCAUCAAAAACGCCCCGCCAAUUUCCGUCCUCAGCAAGGUCAUGACCGAGGCGCUCGCCCUGAUUGCCGAGAAGGGUCUCAACCCAGACGACGACGAAGACGCCUCUGGCGAAGCUGGCACUGUCAUCCCCGGCACCACCAAGUCGUACGUCGACGCCGCUACCCUUGUUGAUAGCGGAACGAUGGUCACUGGCGACUCCGGCACGAUGGUCAUGGGCGAGGACGGCACCAUGAAGCUUUCCUCCGAUGGAACGUACAAGCCCCAGUUCCUCUCGCGCUUUGGCAAGAAAGCUUAAGGCUCUUGACUUGGAUCAACUCAAAAAGAGCCUCGAGUCACUCGACCCUGCAAUGGAACAAGAAAUUAGCGAGAUUAAGGAUAGAUACGAGGGCAAGCGACGACCCAUUUUGAUGGCCAUCGAUGCAAAAAAGGCUCGAGAGAUGCAGGCCUCUUAAUGUUCUCUACUCCCUCUAUCAAGUUAGUUUCUUUUUGCUAGUGCCUGUGUUCUGUGUUGUGACUGCGUGUGGUUUGUCAGUUUUGCGUCUUUGUCUUUGCGUCUUGCGAAACAAAAAAAAAAAAAAGUUCAUCUCCUUGCUCUUGUGUAGUCCUCUUCCUCUUCCUUUACAAAUAUAUUUUUUUGUUUUU